AUGAACUUCCAGACAACGGACGACAUCACACUCAUACUUCUGAACAACUCUCUGAGCGGAAAUGAGAAAGUGCAGAGCUUUACGAACACGGUUGCUGCUUUACCUCGUGAACACAGAAGAGCGCUUGAAGAAGUUUUCGACCAAAGAGCUCCCCAAAUGCAGAUCACCCCAGUCGCUGCUAAAGUCGAAAGCCAUCACGAGAGUGUCGGCUUUGGCCACGGCGGACCUGAGCAAACUACAAUGGAAACCUUGCCGAGCACACCUCCACCAUUUCCGAUUGAAAAAGAAACGGAAACUAUUCCUGGAACAGAGAUCGGUACGUUUUCAAGUAUAGUGGACUAUAGCAGACUACUGUUGAAGCCGAGCACUAUUGGUGUCCUUUGA